AUGGUGGCACAGCUUUGGAGGAAUGCUGAGCCUUCGCCUCGGAGAGGGGAAAAGCUACCGGGGGCGCAGGAAGGGGGUACUGUAGCCAUGGCGUGCAACCAGCUCCCUCAGACUCCGGGGAUGCGGGCGCUCCAGCUGCUUCUGGGAGCCGGAGAAAAGCUCAAAUGCCUCCAGGAAGGCCCGGGGGAGGUGCCUGCUCGCUGGCUGCCAGCAGCGGAAGGAGAAGGGGCAUCCUCCGCGUUGCAAGAGUUAAAAUGUCCUGUGUGUGGCUCCUUCUAUCGGGAGCCCAUCAUCCUGCCCUGCUCUCACAAUUUAUGUCAGGCAUGCGCCCGCAACAUCCUGGUGCAGACCCCGGAGUCCGAGUCCCCCCAGAGCCGCCGGGCCUCGGGCUCUGGGGUCUCCAACUCUGCCUACCUGGACCUGGACAAGAUGAGCCUGUACAGCGAGGCGGACAGCGGCUAUGGCUCCUACGGAGGCUUCGCCAGCGCCCCCACUACCCCGUGCCAGAAGUCGCCCAACGGCGUCCGCGUUUUCCCCCCUGCUAUGCCGCCACCGCCCACCCACCUGUCACCGGCUUUGGCCCCGGUGCCCCGCAACUCCUGCAUCACCUGUCCCCAGUGCCACCGCAGCCUCAUCUUGGAUGACCGGGGGCUUCGCGGCUUCCCCAAGAACCGCGUUCUGGAAGGGGUCAUCGACCGCUACCAACAGAGCAAAGCCGCGGCCCUCAAGUGCCAGCUCUGCGAGAAAGCGCCCAAAGAAGCCACGGUCAUGUGCGAACAGUGCGACGUCUUCUACUGCGACCCUUGCCGCCUGCGCUGUCACCCCCCGCGUGGGCCCCUAGCCAAACACCGCUUGGUGCCCCCGGCCCAGGGCCGCGUAAGCCGGCGGCUGAGCCCGCGCAAGGUCUCCACCUGCACAGACCACGAGCUAGAGAACCACAGCAUGUACUGCGUGCAGUGCAAGAUGCCGGUGUGCUACCAGUGCCUGGAGGAGGGCAAACACUCCAGCCACGAAGUCAAGGCUUUGGGGGCCAUGUGGAAAUUGCACAAG